ACUUGUCAUGAUACGAUUACUGAUACGGGUGGAGUCGUUGCGUUCCAAUCAGUCAUUUCAAAUUCAACGUAGAUCAUUUUCGUUUCUGUCCCAUUUCUUCGAACGGCGUUGUCACGUCAAAAACACUGAAAUAACUUCAAAAAUGACCGAGGCGAUGGGUAAUUACACAAUUACAAAAAAUGCUCCACCUGUAUCUAUGGAGACCUUUCGGAUCAACCGUGAAAGGCUAUACGAGAAGAUGAAGUCAGUCGAGCCUCAAGGGUUCAUUCUUUUGAAAGGUGGCGAAGCGGUCAAUGUCUACAACACCGAUGUCGAAUACACUUUUAAGCAGGAACCAUUUUUUCAUUGGGCUUUUGGAGUCCGUCAUCCUUCAUAUUGGGGCGCUAUUUGCUUGAAAACCAAUACUUCAUACUUAUUCAUGCCUCGACUGCCUGAAUCUUAUGCAAUUUGGAUGGGGGAGCUUUUAACACCAGAAGAUGUAAAGACUUUGUACAGUGUAAAUCAAGUCUAUUAUGAAGAUGAGAUUAGUACAGUAUUGACGAAGUGCAACCCCAAAAAAAUAUUCCUUCUUAGUGGUACAAACACUGAUAGUGAUAUAAAAAUGGAUGCUCCACAGUUUGAAAAUAGUAAAAAAUAUCCGACCGACCUGACUGUGCUGUAUCCAACAAUGAGCGAACUCCGUGUUUUAAAAAAUGAGCAUGAAAUCGAGCUGUUGAGACAGGCCAGCAUGGUAUCGUCCGAAGCGCAUAAAUACGUCAUGCGAAAUCUCCCUUCCAUGGUUGGCCAUUUCGAGUACCAGGCUGAAUCUAUUUUCCUCCACUAUUGCUAUUAUACGGGAGGAUGCCGCACAACAGCUUAUACAUGCAUCUGUGGUUCAGGACCCAAUGCUGCUGUAUUGCAUUAUGGCCAUGCUGGUGCUCCAAAUGACAAAAUCAUCAAUGACGGAGAGAUGUGUUUGUUUGAUAUGGGUGCUUCAUAUUAUGGCUAUGCUUCAGACAUUACAUGCAGCUUCCCUGUCAACGGUAAAUUCACAGAAGAACAAAAAGUUAUUUACAAUGCUGUAUUAAACGCGAGAAACAAAGCUGUAGAAGAGUCUAGACCAGGAGUCCAGUGGGAAAAGGUACAUCUACAUGCAUUACGAGCAAUGUUUACAGAAAUGAAAGCCCACAAUUUGUUAGUUGGGGAUGUUGAAGAAAUGCUUGAUGCGGAAUUGGGUUCUAUUUUUAUGCCGCAUGGCUUGGGACAUUUAAUGGGCAUUGAUGUGCAUGAUGUUGGCGGCUAUUUGGAUGACACUCCUCCUCGUCCGACGAGGGCAUCAUUGAAAAAUUUAAGAAUGAACCGGUUCCUGUUGAAAAAUAUGGUCUUGACCAUUGAGCCCGGAUGUUAUUUUAUUGAUGUGCUCUUGGAAAAGGCCAAAAAUGAUGAGAAGAUGGCAAAAUUCAUCAACUUUAAUGUUGUAAAUAAAUUCAAAAGAUUUGGAGGAGUACGAAUUGAAGAUGAUGUGCUUAUUACUGAUUAUGGCUGUGAGCUUCUUUCAAAAGUACCAAGAACAGUUGAGGAAAUAGAAGCGUGGAUGAACCAAGAAGAAGAAGUCAAAUUGCAUUUCCCUCUACCCAACCAACGUGGUAAAAAACAUGCAACACCCAUCCUUUCCCCUGAAGUUAUUAAAGGUCAAUAAGAUGGAGGAGGUAUGGAUGUACUCUACACAGGGCAAGGAAAGAUUGAAAUUUAAAUGUUUAUAAAUAUCAGGCUGAAAUUGUAAAACCGAAUAUAACACAAAGAAAAUGAUAAAAUUAUAUUUUUCAAUAA